UCCACAUCCAUUCCUUCCUGCCACUCCUUUCUCUCUUCUCUUCUCCUGCCCCCUGAUUUCCUGCACCCAUCGAGACGUACUGCUGGCUAGCUACAGAUAACCUCGUCGGCCUCUGCUCGCUCCCCUCCGCCGGCCUGCCACCCGAUCGGUCCUGAUGUCCGGCACCGUGUGCUCCAUGUGCGGCGACGUCGGAUUCCAGGACAAACUCUUCCGCUGCGCCCGUUGCCGCUGCCGCUUCCAGCACUCCUAUUGCACCAACUACUACGGCGACGCGGCCCCGGCCGACGCGGGCGCCGGCGUGUGCGACUGGUGCCUCAGCGACGACCCCCUCCUGAAGAACAGGCGCCCUUCGGCCCCGCCGGGCGUCCAGCACCGCGGUCCUGCCACCGGGAUGGGGUGCGGCAAAGUCAAGGUGACCGGCGGCGGCGAGCAGGAGGGCGGCCGGAGAGUCGCCAAGGCGGCCGUCCGCAGGUACAAGCUCCUCAAGGACGUCCUGUGCUAGCUAACGGAUGCAUGCAUAUGCAUGGUCCUGGCCUGGGUCACAGCACUCCUUUCCUUAGAUCGGGACCUCGUCAUCAUGUGUACUAUAAAAUGAUGCUGUUUAAUUAGGUAGUCGAUAGUCGUUGUACCUAGUUAGCUGGUGAGGUUCUACUUCCAUACCGAUCCUUGUGUGCAAAUGUCUGCAUGUCACAAUGAGAUCUACUUCCGCAUGUAAAUAUGUGCUAGCUGCUACUCUUUAUCUCUGUCAUCAACUGCGUGCUGUCGUGUGUGUCGUGGUCAGUACUUUCCAACAUGUGUUUCCACAAGUGUAUGAUUAGUGCUAGUAAGUAUAUAUGUGUUCAUCAAAUGCG